CGCGCACGCCUGGAUACAGACGCCGGUUUCUUCGGCGCUCUUUGUGCGGCGCGCACGCUUGGUUGUAUGUAACAUGGCGCAGUCCAGACGGCGCUGUUGACAGGCAGUUCGAUUACAGCGACAAGGAGCGCAAGACGUAUACUUUUCUCAUCGUAAUAUAAGGGACCGGAGCGGAACGCAGCCUCUUGCCGGCGUUAGCAGUCUUGCGUUUGCGAAAGGAAGCCUCAUUGCUUUGGAGGGUCGCACUUGCCGACAAUAAGAGCGGCGGGGCGCAUUGUUCCCCUCGAGGAUUCCCGGCGCGCGCACACCGCACGGCACAUUUAUUCCCGGUUGUUCCAUCCUGCAGAGAAACGCCGGCGACUGGAAUAAAGAGGAAAAUCAUGGCUGCUGCGUUCGUAGUAGACGGCAGCAUCAUGGAGGGGGGCGGACAGAUUCUCCGGGCGUCCGCAGCUCUCAGCUGCAUCCAGGGCUCGUCCAUCAAGAUUGAGAAAAUCCGAGCCGGGAGGAGCACGCCGGGCUUGAGGCCCCAGCAUCUUUCUGGACUUGAGCUGGUCCGAGAUUUGUCUGAUGGUCGACUUGAGGGAGCUGAAGUCGGCUCCACUGAAAUAACACUGUCUCCUGGUAAAAUCAAAGGAGGGAAUCACAUAGCAGACACCAAAACUGCUGGGAGUGUCAGCUUGCUGCUUCAGGUGGCUCUGCCUUGUGUGCUGUUUGCGGAUUCACCGUCAGUGCUGUGUCUCAAGGGGGGCACAAAUGCUGAAAUGGCCCCUCAGAUUGACUACACUUUGUCGGUGUUUAAGCCAAUUGCAGAAAAAUUUGGUGUGAAAUUUGACUGUAGUUUAAAGAUGAGGGGCUACUAUCCCCGCGGUGGGGGUGAAAUUGUAGUGAGGACAAACCCGGUGAAGCAACUCACUCCAAUCAACCUGACCGAGCGAGGCAACAUUGUUAAAAUCUACGGGAGGGCCUUCGUUGCUGGUGUGCUCCCCGACAAGCUUGCCAAAGACAUGUCAACAGCAGCUGUUCGAUGUAUCAGAAGGGAGAUCAAAGACCUCUAUAUUAAUAUCCAGGCGGUGCGAGAAAGUAAAGAUGAGGCCUGUGGAAACGGCAAUGGCAUCAUAAUACUUGCAGAAUCCUCCACAGGAUGUAUAUUUGCUGGUUCUGCUUUGGGUAAAAAAGGUGUCUAUGCAGACAAAGUUGGGCUAGAAGCAGCUGAAAUGCUUCUGAAAAAUAUAAGACAUAAUGGCUGUGUGGAUGAGUUUCUUCAGGACCAGCUUAUCCUUUUUAUGGCAUUAGCAAAUGGCACUUCAAGAUUGCGAACUGGUCCUCUAACACUCCAUACACAGACGGCGAUACACAUUGCAGAACAGUUAACCAAGGCCAAAUUUACAAUCACAAAGGCAGUAGAUGACAAUGCCAACAAUGACACCCACAUCAUCGAGUGCCAAGGGAUCGGGCUGACCAAUGACAGGCUGUAAACGGGGGUUUUGUUUUGCUGCACAAGGGAGUUGCAACUUUUUUUUAUCUUUCUUGACCUCUACAGUCAAAUUUGCUUUUUUUUUUUUUUUUGGAAAAAUGAACUGAAAAUGGGAAAGAGGUCAAGGAGGGUCAUCAAAAUAGAAGGUUUUAGGUCUAGAACUGUAUUUUUGAGAGGCUCAGUGGAAAUAGUAAUAUUAAUUUCCUUUCGGUUGUCUGCAUAAUACACAUUUGAAAAGGAAGAAAAAAAAAUGUUAGCAGUUGCCUGGCAGCCUGUGGUGCUCUGGGCUCCUGAAAGAUGCAUUGACGUUGGUGCCAGUGGAGGACUGUUGUUUGCACCCCAUUAAUAAUGUAAGUUGCUCAGGGUUUUGCCUUAUAUCAAAUAAAAGAUUA